UCCUCACGUUGGUGGUUCAGUCCCUGUCCCGACAAAGGCGUCCCGCCCGUCCGAGCACCCUCGUCCCUCCUUAUAACCGCCCCUCGCUAGUUCUGCUUGUUUUGAGGCCUGCUCGCCCGAUACCACACUCCAUCCCCACUCUUUCCACGUCCUUGUCGACAUGAUGUUCACCAAGACCGUUAUUGCCCUCGCUCUCGCGCUUUCAGCGUCCGCGAUCAGCGUCCCCCACGGCGCCCGCAGCGGCCACCACCGCGCACUCGCUCACCGCGCCCCCGUCGCCGAGUCCGAGCCCAUCUUCCCCGAGGUGAAGGUCAAGCCGAAGCGCAAGCGCAGCCUCAACAAGCGUUGCGCCCCUGCUAACAGCACCGUUUCGGCGAGCGCAACCACCUCCGACGUCCCGACCGACACGUCGAGCUGGGUCGCUCCCACCUCCAGCUGGGUUGCCCCCUCUAGCGACUCUUCCAGCUGGGUCGAUUCCUCCGCCUGGGUUGACCCCUCGACUUGGGCCUUGCCCACUUCGAGCUGGGUUGCGCCCACGUGGAGCUGGGUAGCCCCCACCACCACCGAUGAUCCUACGACCUGGUCUCCUCCCGCGCCCACUCCUACUUCGGGCAGCGGGCCGUCGUGGUUGUACGGCGAGCAGUGGGGUGAUGCCGGCCUUGGUGCUUGCGGUAUCACCAACAGUGAUAGCGACUACAUUAUCGCGGUCUCCGAGGAUUUGUUCGACAACUAUCCUGGCUAUGACGGUGUAAACCCCAACAACAACCCUGUCUGCAACAAGCAGAUUAUUGCUACUUAUGGGGGCAAGUCUAUCACCGUCACCGUCACUGACCGGUGCACCGGCUGCAAUGCGACGAGCAUUGACUUCACGCCUACUGCAUUCUCGCAGCUGGCCGACCAGUCUCUUGGCCGCAUUCACUUGACCUGGGUUUGGGCUUAAGCGUAUCGCACGGUCAACCCUGCGGUACAGAUACCAUAUUUCUAUUCUAUCUCAGUCAACGUUGCUGUCUCGUACAUAUCCGUUGGUCACUAUUUGCGUUGUUAUUGGCACCCCAGUACGUCUCUCACACCCGGGUGUUCCUUUCGGUUGUCUCUGCGUGCGGAGAGGCGGAAGGCUAGGAGGGACGUGCGUGUUGCAUUAUUAUCUAGCAUCAAGCAUGCCUGGUAUCAGUCGUUAGCUCUGGUUAUGCCCGCGCCUGUCAUAGUUACAUCCCUGGUUGAGAUGUUGAUGAAUGGAAUUGAAGUGCAGUUGUCCACAUGUAG